AUGCCCACGAACGGAACCCACCAAGCAUUAAAAAUCCAAUUUGGAUUGAUCAAUUGUGAUAAUAAGUACCUGACAGCAGAAGCGUUUGGAUUCAAAGUCAACGCAUCUGGUGCCAGCCUAAAGAAGAAGCAAAUCUGGAUGUUGGAACAAGACGACGGCAACAACUCUGUGGUAUUUUUCAAGAGUCACCUUGGGCGCUACUUGUUGGCUAAUAAAGACGGCGAUGUGUCGUGUGAGGCCGAACAACCCAGUGUGGAUUGCAGGUUCACCGUGAUUGCACAUGCCGAUGGCAGAUGGUCUCUGCAGUCCGAACCCCACAAGCGGUAUUUUGGUGGAACUGAAGACCGUCUCUCGUGUUUUGCCCAGACCAUCACCGAGUCCGAACUUUGGUCCAUUCACCUGGCCAGUCACCCUCAAGCCAACCUUCUAAGUGUCAGUCGGAAAAGAUACGCCCACCUCUCGGCGCAGGAAGACGAGCUAUCCGCCGACAGCAACAUUCCUUGGGGCGUGGACGCCCUCAUCACCUUGGUCUAUCAGGAGAAGAAGUAUAGUAUUCAGACCAGCGACAACAGAUUUCUCCGGAAUGAUGGAAAGUUGAUUACAAAGCGCGAUUUGGGCACGAGCUACACUUUGGAAUUUAAAGCGGGAAAAAUCGCCUUCAAGGACCAUGAGGGGAAGUAUCUGAGUGCAUUGGGGCCAUUUGGUACUCUAAGAUCUGGCAGAAACUCCAAGCCCGGGAAGGACGACCUCUUCGACUUGGAGCAGAGUCAUCCCCAAGUGGUUUUACGAGCUUCUAAUGACCGGCUGGUGUCCAUCAGACAAGGUAUGAAUAUCUCAGCUAACCAAGAUGAAGAAACUCAUCAGGAAACUUACCAGAUGGAAAUUGAUAAAGAGACCAAGAAGUGCAUCUUGCGUACACACACAGGAAACUUCUGGACAUUGGUGGCUCAUGGAGGGAUCCAAUCCACAGCCACUGAAGUAGAUGCCAACUGUUUGUUUGAAAUAGUGUGGCGUGGGAGAAGAAUUGCACUUAAGGCCAACAAUGGCAAGUACAUCUGUACAAAGAAAAAUGGACAGCUUGCCGCAGUGAGUGAGUCAGCUGGUGAGUUAAACAAGAAGCAGAGACCCUGCACAAAGACUCGUACCAACAAUUUUGUCUAUUCUGCGGCAUUAGGCGAAGAUGAAGAGUUUACGUUGAGACUGAUUAAUAGACCUAUCCUGGUACUACGAGGAGAUCAUGGAUUUGUCUCUUAUCACAAAGGUUCUAGCACGCUUGAUGCCAAUCGAUCAGCUUAUGACAUCUUUCAGCUUGAGUUUGAAAAUGGAGCCUAUCACAUUAAAGGCUCUGAUGGCAAGUUCUGGUAUGUAUCCAGUACUGGGACAAUCUGCACUGACAGCAUCAUUCCUGAAGACUUUUACUUAGAAUUCAGAGAUCAUGGUCGACUGGCUAUCAAAGGAAAGAGUGGAAAAUAUCUGUGUGGAAACCAAGCAGGCACUCUUAAGGCAGAUGCAGAUGAAGUGGACAGUUCCUCACUAUGGGAAUAUUAA